GUACAACUUAUCAGCGAAGCUUUUGUAAUAACACGCCUCUAUACUUGCUACCAUCAACAAUAAGCUACACGCUGAAUAUGCCCUAACAUCUGACCGGAGUACUGUGCACGAGUAAUACACUCUUAUCUAUUACAGUGUAUCAUCGCGGGGAUUGCAAUACGUGGUUCGCAUGGUUCAAACAAAAAUUGUUCGACCCUCGCAGCUAGGAGAGCCUGGAUUUGGUCUCGGAACUUAUAAUAAAGCAGUUCAUUAUGUCGGGCAUACAAAAACAGUCCUGGAGAGUCAGAAGCUCCUCACGAGUUUAGACGAGUUUCUGUCUCAUAUCUUGCUUAAGGAGCCUCCGAUCGAGUCUCAGUUUGAGCGUUUGCUUGUGGAUCUUGAUUUGCUCAGGAGAACCGCCUACAAAAUGCUAGGAGAUGGAAGCAAGGAGUUGGUAUUUGGCCUGCUAAGCUUCGUGAUCCAUUACCGUGAGCAGGACAAAUUUCCGAUGUUCCAUAAAGUCGCCGUUCGAAUCCUUGAGAAUUGCAUUGCACUACUGAAGCCUUUGCUGCAGAAUGUACAGGAUAAAAGUCUCAGCCUCUAUCUCAACAAGUGUAGUGACGUGUGCAACAUCAUUGGCGACACUAAAUACACCACAUUUAUUGCAAAUGCAUAUUUCAACUACGGUAUAGCGUUAUGGAAGAUUUCUCGCAAAGAAGAAGCCUCGGCGGCUUGGAGCAGAUAUAUCAAACUUCAGAGCUCGGCUCUGGCGGAUAGCGACAUCUCCGUGUUUGCUAAGAAGAUUGAGAGAAUAGCCAUAGCUUCCAUGGAGCUCAAGCAGUAUUCCAAAGCAGCCGCUUUGCUGAUAGAGGCCACUACCAAGACUUUCGCUCUUGAUGCUUCCAGAAUCGGCGACAUGUCGAACUCAGAAUCAAUCGGCACAAUCAUAACGAGACUGAAAGAUUCAGAGCAUCUCCUUAUGACUCUAGCCAACUGUCUAGGCCAUAUAGGCGAUGUGUCGGUUAUCAAUCUUGAUUUUCCCGAGAUAUCAAUGCCUUGCAGAGGCGUUGUGAUGGAAUGGCUCACUCGCAUCCUCAUUUCCAGCCGGAAGAAAUCAAGAUCUUGCGAGGUUUCAGAUAUCCUGGUGCGGAAGUUAACCAGGCUGUACAGAGAUCAGUAUCCAAUUCGAAUGGCGAGAUCGAUACUUUUGAAUUUCUCAUCCAGCAUUUCCAGAGAUCAAAAGAAGGAAUCGCUCUUGCUUCUCAAAACAGCUAUCGAGCGUCUGAAUGCAGGACCAUACAAUGCCGAUGCGCGACUUGUCAGAUUUAAAGACGAUAUGGUAGCGUCUCUUUCGUUAUACCACUCCAUACUUGAGUAUCAACUGCUCAACCCAGAGUGUCCUCUACUGAGCAACUCUGUCGCCUUAUGGUCACGCUUAAUUAACAGCGCAAAUAUGGAUAAGGCGAUCAUGGAAAAGCAAAUCCUGUUAGCCAAUUUGAACAUAUUAUGCGAUUUUCUUAGCAUCAGAGGCGAAACAACCUCUCUCAUUCUUAUACUCCACUGCAUGCGAAAAGUUGAUGUCGUCAAUUCCCAACUCAUGUGGAAAUGCUGUAUCCAAUUGAGUCGUUUAUAUCUCCGAUUAGGACUUACAGGACAGUCCUCGGAACUUUUACAGACGGCAUAUUCCCUGAUCAACGGAUUUGAAGCCUCCACAGACCAGCAGACAUCAUUAUACCUAGCCGAUAUCGACUAUCUGAUCUCCAUUGGUAAUUUGGAAAGAGCCAGCUCUCGUAUGCUUCUGAUACGAGAGUAUAUGUGCGAGAAAAAAUGCUCCUCUCUAAGCGUCAAUGCCCAGAUCUUUCUCUCCAUCUCGAGAUUGCUGAAAGAGCUUGGCCGCUACCAGGAGUCAAUAGGGUACGCAAAAACGGGGAUCAAGCUGUUGAACCAAUCAAUUCACAGCCUACGGCUUUCAUCCAAUGAGAGUGCAAAUAGUCCAGACACCGCGCCCUUCGGCAGCUGCGCUACCUGGCCUUUGGUAAGCCAGCUGCUAGAGAACCACGAGCAGCUUUUCAGAGUAUACGAUGCAAUUGGAAUGGUUCGCGAAACAGAGUUUUACAUGUCAGAGACUACCAAGCUGGCUAGAUCGGUGCAGUCGGCAAUCCACGCGGAAUUCUAUGAGCUACUCCAAGCUGAUUUUUUAACUCGCAGUGGCAAUAUACAGAAAGCGGAGCCCAUAUUGCUCGCUGCGAUGAGCAGUUCGAAUCUGCGCGAAAAUCAUCUACACUCUAUACUCGUGAAAUACUACCUUCUGCGCUAUUUCCGACGUAUUGGAAACGAUGAGAGUGCUAGCGAAAUGCAUGACGCAAUAUUGGAUCUCAUCUAUGCGACCACUGGGGACAAUAAUGUCGAUACGCAACAUUCUUCAGAUUUGGAGGGCAUGUUCACGCGCUUAUCACUCCAAUCGUCGGAAGGAUCAGGCACACGGCAGCGAAAGGAUAGCAUUGAUAACCAUUUCGGACUUCGCAGGCUCGAAGCCAACAUACUUCGGGCGCAUGCAAUCCAGCUUUUGAGUGACAACAAUUGGUCGGAAGCCAAAGAGAGUCUUGAUCAAGCUUCUAGAUACAGUGGCAUCCUUCUUGGAGAUCGAGCGAUGCAAAGUGCUCUAGAGUCUCAAUUUCAUCUUCAAGUUUUCGAGAGCCAGCUUCGCAGUGAUCCGGUAUUCGGAGUACUACAGGAUUCGGCGCUUUCUAUUCCCAACAUAGUGCCACCUUCUGGUGGCAAGAAGACCUCUACACCUGCAGUAACUCGCGGAAGAAGAGCUAAAUCCACUGUUUCUUCUAAGGGGCUGCAAGACGCCCAUAAGGCUCUCCAGCAAUCUCGCCAGCUAGUCCUCGAUAGCUUUGUUCACGCAUCUAAAGUUUGCUCUGCUUUUGAGAGACGCGUCAUAGCAAAUCAGGCAGGCAAGAUUCUCUUGUUGCAGUCUGCAACAGAACCGCCAGACAGUUCUACUCCAGCUUGUGCCUCAAACUUCUUUUUUGAACUCUCCAGAGGUCUCUCUAUUCAACGAGACGCUUCAGCUGUAGAUGCAAGCUUGUAUCCUUCACCUGAAUUACUUCAACCAGACUCUACUCUGGAUAGCGUCCUUGAUCUUAAUGCAUUUCAACAAGAGUAUGUCAACUCAAUUCCUGACAAUUGGGUUGCGGUAUCCGUUAGUCUCUCUGAAGAGUCGGGUGAUCUUAUUGUGUCACGAUUCCAAGCUAAUGAAAGCCCGUUUCUUUUGCGGCUUCCACUAAACCGGCAUUGCAGUCGCGAUGCGGAUGAGGAUUCGUUCUCUUUUGCUGAUGCUAAAGCAGAGCUUCACGAGAUCAUUACAAAAAGCAAUGCGACUGCCAAGGCCUCUAGAGAGCUGCAUGAGAAAGGCAAAGUUCUCAAGCAACAAUGGUGGUCGGAGCGCCGUGAGCUUGAUCAGCGCUUAGAAGAGCUUUUGACUAAUAUGGAAUAUUGCUGGCUUGGAGGUUUUCGCGGAAUUCUGAGCGGUCUCAAAUGCAACUCCGAGCUUUCAAGCAGAUUUUACAAUUCUUUCAUGUCUAUUUUGACGAAGCACCUUCCGACUCGAAGGUCUGCAAGAACACGUCAGAGCACCGCGAAAAAUCGUGCCACGGAUGUGAAAAUAGAUCCGCGAGUAUUGGAGCUGUUUCUUGGACUAGGAGAUCCGAAUAUCGCAGAGAACGCCGAGCUGUUGGAAGACCUGAUAUAUUUCACUCUGGAUAUCCUGCAGUUCCAUGGCGAAUAUAAUGCAUAUGAUGAACUUGAUAUGGAUCAGAUUACCGUUGACAUACAAGAGAUCAUUCGUUCCUAUUACGAGAGUCUGCACGAUGAGGAUGAUAGAGUUGAACAUCUGGUUUUGAUACUUGAUCAAACCGUGCAGAUGUUUCCGUGGGAAUCCCUUCCAUGCUUGAGAAAGACUUCAGUUUCGCGGGUGCCAUCGCUGACAAAAACAGGGGGGUAUAUAUUAAACCCUUCUGCCGACUUGAGGAACACUGAGUCGCUGUUUAGCCAGAGGCUAAAGGAGCUGCCCGAGUGGGAGGGCGUAACGGGGAGAGCGCCUGAUGAAGCAGAGUUCAAGCGACUGCUCGAGACGAAAGAUCUCGUUCUAUAUUUCGGCCACGGAGGUGGUGAGCAGUAUAUUCGGUCGUCACAAGUCAAGAAUCUUGAAUGUUGUUCGGCAGCUUUCCUGAUGGGAUGUAGUUCGGGACUGCUUCAUGAUUCAGGCGACUUCGAACCUUGGGGCACCCCGGCGAACUACCUGAUUGGCGGCUGCCCCACAUUAGUCGCUAAUCUAUGGGACGUCACGGAUAAAGACAUUGAUAAAUUCUCGGACGCAAUGUUUCAAUCAUGGGGAUUAUAUGGAGAGAACUCGGAUAUCAGUUCUGAGCUGGGAGAGCGUGGAAAUCUGCAUCUAGGUGAGGCUGUUGCGAAGUCGAGAGAUUCUUGCAUUCUGAAAUAUUUAAAUGGGGCGGCCCCGGUGAUUUAUGGACUUCCGCUGGCAUUAGCAUGAAAUAAUUUCGGAGUAACUAUCACGUUUGCUGUAAUUAAUAUGACU